CCCCCCCUCCUCCUUCUCCCCCCCCCCCCCCCGCCCGGGAGCUCGCUCGUUACGCGGUUGUUGCACGUGUGAACCUAAGCAACCAGUGCCUGGAUGGAAUCGGACACUUUUGAAUGUGAGCUGUGUGGAUUAACAGCCCCUUACAGCUACUAUGGACAUAAACCUCCCAACGCCUACUCAGUCACCCUCCUGGAAGACUGUUAUGUUAUGAAGGACCCGUUCACCCCAGACAAGGACAAAUUCCUUAUCCUUGGAGCGCGGUGUAGUCUCUGUCACAAACGGGUGUGUGCUGGCCCGGACUGCAGUCUUUUCUAUUCCAAACGGUUUUGCCUCCCUUGCGUGAAAGCGCACAUAACUGAAUUUCCUUUGGAAAUAGAAGAAGAUUUGAAAAAAAAAGCACACUCAAAAUCGUCCAAAAAAGGAGAUUCUAAGAAUUUGGGGAAAAGCUAGGGUUGAUUUUACUGCAGAAUAUACUUUUGGUUCACUAGAAUAAAAAUGGGGUCUCUGGUA